AUGCCGUCCUCCAGACGAGGCUGUGGUGCACCCUCAUCUACUUCCUCCUUGUUUGACGAUCCUCCAGAGAAACUGACCAUUCAGCCUCGGGGGCAAGACCUGAGAAAAUGGGAGAACCAUCUCCGACUUGCAACCACUGACUUCGCAAAGAGCAGGAAGGUCAAGCCGGCCUCUGCACUGAACUGCAAAGAGAUGCAUAUUGACCCUCCCCAAGCCACUGAGUUACAAGGGUGGGUGGGGGCUGGGGGGGGAAUUCCUGCCUACACCAAGACGCUGGAGGUGGUAUUUCUGAGCCCCGUAUUUAGAGGCCGGCUUGACCUUGCUGCUCUUUGCGAAGUCAGUGGUUGCAAGUCGGAGAUGGUUCUCCCAUUUUCUCAGGUCUUGCCCCUAUACGAGAACUCAGCAGCUUCAGUUGAUGCCUCACCCACGUGUCGGUUUAAGUUGAUUAGAAUGUUCCACCAGGCAACUCACAACUGGACCUGUGCAGUUGUUCUCCUCGGCCUUCUGAUUGGGAUAGGCUUCCCGGCUCCGAUUGCACCCAGAGCCAGCGAGCGAUGGGAAACCUUGCUCUCCAGGUCCAUGCACCCUGUGUCUGGUCGGAGGCUUGACCUGGACUGGGACAGGGAGUAUUACACUGGCAUCAAGCGAGUCAGGAGGCUUUAUUGCAACGUGGGCAUCGGGUUUCACCUGCAAAUCACGUCCGACGGACAGAUUAACGGGAUGCACCAGGAGAACCAGUACAGCCUGUUGAUGAUAUCUACAGUGGAGCUGGGAGUUGUCAGUCUGUAUGGAGUGAAGACCCGGGUCUUCAUUGCGAUGAAUAAAAAAGGACGUUUGUAUUCAACGACAAACUUCAACCACGAGUGUAAAUUCAAGGAGAGAUUCUUGCCCAACAGUUACAACGCGUAUGAGUCGAAGGCGUACGUGGGAAUGUACAUCGCGCUGAGCAAACACGGCAGAGCCAAGAGGGGAAGCAAGGUCUCGCCCGUCCAUAAGGUCGCUCACUUUUUGCCGAGGAUGUGACACGAGGAAAACGCAGACACGAGUGGGGCAGACUGGCGUUCUUCUGUGCCGUAAAUUUCUAUGGUUCUUUGGGGAU